ACCUGUUGACAAAAAAAAGUGUAACCGCCCUCUUCAUACUUCCUCUCUUUCGCGUUUUCAACAAACACAUUUCGUUGGAAUUUCCGGUGACUCGUUUUUCCCUUUUCCUCCGAUGAACGGCGGCGAAAAUCAUUACCGGCGGUAAAACUGAAAAUCACUAUUUCCUAUUUUCUCCUUCUCAGCUGGCAUGUCUGACGACAACGACGUCACGCUACAGACUUUCCGAGCUCUGGUGGAGAACGCGGACCACAAGUUCGCUAGGGUUCGCGACGCACCAGCCUACGGUCGCGUGAACCAGAACCACUUCUUCCACAAGGUUUUCAAAGCCUACACGCGCUUGUGGAAGUACCAGCAAGAAAAUCGCGCGAAGCUUGUUCAGUGCGGUCUUAAACGAUGGGAGAUUGGCGAGAUCGCGAGCCGAAUUGGUCAGCUCUACUUCGGUCAGUAUAUGAGAGCUAGCGAAACGAGGUUUCUCGUUGAGGCUUAUGUUUUCUAUGAGGCUAUACUUAGCAGAAGGUAUUUUGAAGGAUCCGAAGGUUCGUCGAAAGAUCUAGGAGUUCGGUCUAAGGAGUUGAGGUUCUAUGCGAGGUUUUUGCUGGUUUCGUUGAUUCUGAACCGGAGUGAGAUGGUCAAAUAUCUCAUGGAACGGUUCGUGGCUUUGGUGGAUGAUUGCAAGAGUACUUUUCGGGAUACUAACUUCAAAGAAUGGAAGCAAGUGGUGCAAGAAAUUGUCCGCUUCACAAAAGCAGAUAAUGGCUUUAGCUUCAGGCCUAUGCGCUAUUGUGCUAUAUUUGACUCUCAUCAAGCUUCUCUUCCUUAUGUGGCUCGCUUUCAUGCAAAAAGGGUUUUAAAAUUUCAUGAUGCACUCUUAGCAAGCUAUCAUCGAAAUGAGGUCAAAUUUGCUGAGCUUACAUUGGACGUCUAUAGAAUGAUACAAUGUUUAGAAUGGGAGCCUAGUGGAUCAUUCUACCAAAAGCGUAUAGUUAGACCUAAGGAGAAUGGUGAUGUGAUUGAUCAUUCAGGAGCUUCUGGGAUAAUAGACAUGAACCUUGCUGCAGAUAUGACAGAUCCAAAUACACCUUCUAAUCCUACAAAGGCUACCUUGUAUCGUCCAUCUGUGACACAUGUGAUAGCAGUUAUGGCAACAAUUUGUGAGGAGCUACCUUCAGAUAGUGUUGUGCUAGUAUAUCUUUCAGCCCCAGGGAAGGCUGUUGUUCAUAAUGGUGGGCCAUCCAAGUAUUCAAGACACAAAGUCCUUUCUCAGUCUUCUGAUGAACUAAACUCUGGAAUGUCAGAAUCUCAAAAUAAUGGCAAGAGUGAAUCAAGUGGUCAUCAUGACAACUAUCUGUGGUUUGGUCCCAAGGGAAAUAGUGGUUCAAAUAACCUCUACCCCGGCGAUCUUAUUCCCUUCACUCGGAAACCUCUUUUCUUGAUUAUUGAUAGUGAUAACAGCCAUGCAUUCAAGGAAUUACAUGGUGCUGAAAGGGGAGAGAUGGCUGCUCUAUUUCUUUCACCUUUAAGGCCGGUUUUUAAGGACCCAACUGGUGUUAAUGUACAGAAUGGAAGCCAAUUUACCUUUUUCUUGACAGCUCCUCUAUCAGCGUUUUGUCAAAUGAUUGGUCUCAUCCCUGAUGAGACUGAUACAGAUGUCUACAAUGAAGCUGAGAACAUAAUCGCCGAUGCUUUCUCUGAGUGGGAAGUAAUUCUUUGCUCAUCAACUAUCAUGGAUUUAGUAUGGGCACAAGUUAUAAACGAUCCUUUUUUAAGGCGACUUAUUUUAAGAUUCAUAUUCUGCCGAUCCGUGAUAUCUUUUUUCUGCCCACCCGAAGAAAGUGAACUACAUCUGCCGCUUUGCCUACCCCAUUUACCUACUUCCGUUGCACCAAAGUCUGAAGCUGUGCGAUCGGUGGUCGUGCAACUUGCCAAGCACUUUGAUGUUACUGACUCCUUUCAUUUCAAUGAUACAUAAGAUUUGGACUUCAAUUGCAAGAAGUAAAUUAUUAGAUUUAAAUGCAGGCGUUCAAAGCUAAAGAUUCCUUGACCAAAGGAAUGUAAAAGAUAUGGGUUAACCUUUUGGGGGACAUGACAAGAAUAUCAAUGGUGGGGCUUAGGCUGUCAUGUGGAAGAUGGGAUUGUUGGUGACGGUUGCAUCUGCUUGUUGUGCUACUUAAUUCGACCCCACUUGCUUCAUUGAUUCCUAUGCUGUAUUUGGCGGUUUUCUCUAAUGUUAAAAGUUAGGUCGUGAUGGGUGCCUUACUUUUGUUGUGUAGCCUGGCAAGAUAAUUGUUAGUUGAAAAUUAGUUGCACUUGUUCAUAUUUCAUAGUGUUUUUUUUUUUUUUUGGUGAUUUAUAUUUCAUAGUUUUGAAAAAGAACAAAACGGAAGUUGUUCAUAUUUCAUACUUUUUUUGAGCAGAACGGUUUUUGAUCAUUGAUUGGGUGGGGAGGAUGUAUUAUGGGAAGAAGGAAUUCCGUCCAUAUUAGAAAGUAAAGUCACUGUUGUGUGAGAUGAAGUUUUUUUUUUUUGACAGAAUAGUAUGAGAACGAACUCCGUUUACUAUUUAUUGAAUUCUCUUAAAUUUA